AUGCCUGCGCACAUUAGUAACCUAUUGAAAGAUCGCGUGCUCCUUGUCGUCGACAACAUCUUCCUUGCGUUAUUGUUUGUAAACGGGGGCGCCAUAAAUGAUGAUUGUCGUUACAAGAUGAUAUCUAAUUUUUUCGACUGUGAUCUUGAUUCCGUGAAUCGGAAUCAUCAGAGUCCACUUGAAACUAUAGGAAUCGAUGAAUUUACAUUUGCGAAGAUUCAUUUCCUAUCAUUAACCCUCACCAACUUCGAUGACAUACCAAUCUCGCUGCAUUCAAAGCUAUUGUCGUCGGAUCCGAGGAAAUCGCAAACCUUUUGCUUGCUGAGAAUCUUUUUCGACACCAUAGACGAUUUUCCGGAAUGUUUUUGGUCCACCCCGACGGUCACGUUCGACGCCGAAAGCUCUGAUUCACCGCAAACCGUUGUUUCCGACCCGCAACCGCGACUCCUAGAGGACUCCCUCUACAUCCAUACGGUGGUUGUGUUUUGUACAUUCGUGAACACAUUACCACCCUCACUGUUUACACUAUGCGAGUAUUACAUGCUGGAAUUCUUGUUGAUUUCUCAGAGUAUUACCACUCACACAUUAAUAAUCGAUUUCUGGUGCUGCAUCGGCAAAUCGCUGACGAACCAUGAACUAUAUCGGCAAGUUCAAUUGAUAUCGGAAAUCAUCCCGAAACUUUCCAACACACCCUCAAUACGGCAUCGAUUGCAAAGACUUUCAGGACGUUUGAUUCAAUUUCUUGAUCCAGAACAGGCGGCGAAGACGUCCGAGGAAGUUCUUCUUUUCUUGCCUGACAAGGAUGCAACCCUUGUCGACAACGACGAAACUGAAAUUCAAACGAAGAGGAGGAUGUCCAGUUACACGCAAAUGUGUUUGUGGAUCAAUAUUUACGUUCAAAACAUUCAGAAACUGUCGGCUGACGAAAUAUUUGCACUUGCAAUUAAGAAUCUUCUUUCAAUGUGCAAAAAUGACGACGGCGUUGUCGUCCAAACCAAUUCUCUCAACCUUACGCAUACGGCAUUGGAGUUUUCAAAGAGUUGCUUGGAUUCUCUGAUCGGCUUGCAACCAUCUUCACCAGAAUUCAGAAAGAUAUUCGUGGCGAUUAAAAAUGUUCUCGGCCUUCUGGCGAACACGCGUACACUACCUGUCGAGGAAGUACAAGAGACCCUUAGACUUGUGAACCUUUGGAUUUCUUCACCAGCCUUGAGGAGAUUUGCGUGUUGCUUUAAUGUGUUUGACUUGGUUGAAAAUUGUGCCGACGCAUUUCUCCUGUCAGAUGACAAGCAAAGUUUGAUUAGCAUCUGCGAGAAAUUAUUUCAAAGUACUCAUUGGUUGAUAAACCACGAAGCGACCGCAUUGAUCGCGAAUCUCGGUGUGGUUCAAUUAGUGGCACCUGAAAGACGCGAGUCCAUCAAGAGAUCUACAAACCACCUGCCCUCUCACUUUAACAAUGAACCCAUGACCGAAAUGGAAUUCUGGCGAUUUAAUGGUAGCAGUGAAGUUAGAAAACCGUCAAAAUUAAUGGUCAUGAGAAAUUUGCUUAAUUAUGAGCCAACCUCCUUCUCGAGAAUUGUACACUCGAUGUUAAGUAAAAUUGAAGACAGCAAGAAAAACUUUGUGACACAAGAGGAAGAUUGUCUGAGCGGGUCUGAUAAAGUGAUCUCUAAUAAUGAAGACGAUAAAGAUAAAUCUCCUUUAUCUCGAGUUGGUGACUUUUUCAAGUCUGCGCUAGGAUAUGUUGGCAUCGUGGAGAUGCCGGGGAAGGAACAAGGGGAAGCUCUCUCGCGUAAAUGCUCUGAACCUAGUGAGGAGACGGUACGAAGAUAUGAGAAUCCGUCGUAUAUUCGCGGGAACAAGGAUGUGAUCGUCGGGUCUAUCAAAGGGAGGGUCGGAAAGAUUGUGGGGAACGAAGAGAUCGAAGAAUCGGGUAAGAGACAACAGGCGAGAGGAUCGCACGAAGUUGUUAACGCAAAAUUACGAGAUCAGCGAGACGAUAUAUAUCUUCGCUGGUUGGGCGUAUCCACCAAAGUGUUUAGCUUAGGAAAUUAUCGUCGUAAGGUGUUGGGCACGGCGUCAAACUUGCCACCCGGUUUUUUUAGUCCCGGAAACAAGGAAAGUGCCAAGGUGCGCCAUGAAAUCGCAGUUGAAUGUUUAAAUAGCAUGAUUGAGUGGCUAAAGGAUGAGGGAGGUCAAGUUGGAAUCUUUGACGCCAGCAAUACAACCGAAGAAAGACGUAAAGGAGUGCACGAUAUAUUGAUCGCUCAUGGGAUUCAAGUGAGUGGUAGAAUGACCGAUGAUGCUAUGCACAGAUACAUUGGUUGGGAUCCUGAGGAAGCCGUCAAGGAUUAUUGGACAGGGGAAUCCUAUAACGAAACGUCCAGUAAAGCCGAUGCUGAUUUAAUUCCAUCUGGCAUUCAAUAUGCGCACAAAUUAAAAAAUUUUUUGUUGUCGUUGAGAGAGAAGGAGAAGAAAGAGCGAAAGGAACAGGGGUGGAGUGAUGACGAAAGAACUUUGACGAUAUGGACGUCUGCUAGGCAGAGUUCUGUUCAAAUGGUAAAGCCUUUCAAGGAGGGAGGUUAUAGUGUCAAGCAACGAACACUGUUGGCCGAGCUUAAUCUUGGAGAGAUAGAUUCGCUGACCGACGAAGAGAUUAAGAAAAAAUUUCCCGAAGAAUAUGAACGGCAUCAAAAAGACAUGUAUCAUCACCGAUAUCCCAUGGCUGAGUCAUAUCAUGAUCUAGCUGUUCGUCUCGAAUCUACGAUUUUGGAGCUUGAACAUGAAAGGAAUGAUGUGUUAAUCAUUGCACACGAGACGGUGUUGAAAUGCUUGUAUGCGUACCUGUUCGAUCGACCCGAAGAUGAAAUACCCAGAAUUGUUAUUCCGCGAAAUUAUUUGAUCGAGAUAAUUCCGUCGGCGUACGGGUGCCGCGAGACUCGGAUGGAAAUUAUUGAUUCGCUGAACAAUCCUGUGCCAGUUUUGACUGCCGAGUUGCCAGUCAACAUCGACAAAUAA